AUGUUAAACUUAUCUCAUAGUAGUUCAUCAUCGAAGAGUUCUUCUCAAAAGCGUAAUACAAAAAGACCUUAUAGAGAUAAAAAAAAGAAGAAUAUUUCAGAUGAAUAUGAUAGUCAAAUGGAUGAUGAAGAUGUAUCUUAAUAUGAAGGUAAUCUAAAUUUGAAUGUAUAUUAGGUAUAAGAUAAAAAAUAAAACAAUAACCUUUAUUGGGUCCUGGUAGAUUCAACCGUAGAGAAAAUAAAUUAAAGAAACCUAAUUCUAUAUGUACUCCGGCGGCAACAACAUUUUUAUAUAAACCUGGUGCUGAAUUACCUAAUUUAUCAAAUUUUAUCAAUUAAACAAUAGAAAUUAGAAUAGCUUGUGAAUAUGUAAAUAAAAACAAUCAAGCAUUAAUUCUAAGAUAAAUUUGGGGAUCUAAUGGUGUAUAUGCUAGUCAUAGUGAUGCAGUCUGUAUUGGUAUACAUGCAGGUCUUUUAGCUCUUGGAGAUCUUAAAUUAACAGGAACAUUCUAUUAAGGAAUUAGUUUAUCUUGUAAAGUAAUUAAAGGAAAGAAAUCAUUAAAUGGUUAAUUAAAAGUACCAUUACUUUCAAGAUCUCUUAAAACUCCUUGUGCUCAUUGUCUUAAACCUGAAAAAGUUAAUUGGCUACCGUAAUUAGGAUCUCCUGAAUAAUUAAUAAGUUGGGCUAAAAAAAUGUCAUUACCUCUCAAUAGAAGACUGACAAAAAAAACUCAUUUAAAUGUAUUUUUACAUGAACCUACAUAAAAUACUUUACCGGAAAGUUUAUUAGUAAAUAAUCUACCUCCUUUCAAUGAAGGUUGGAUUGUUUGGGAUAUGUGUAAUGAACCUAGUCAAAAAUAUAAUCUACUUACUUUUUUAGAUAGAUAAACUUCUUAAGGUAUACCUAGUAGAACAUCUUAUAGAUUAAAAACUAAUUGUUUAUAUAUUGAAACUAGUAAUAAAAAGUAUUUCAAUUUAUAUUUAUUUUAGAUAUGAAAUUUCUAUGGAUUCUAAUAAAAUUGCUGAAGAAGUCUUUUUAGAUUCUUAAGUAUUUAUGAUCUCUGAAAUAAUCAUACCCUAAUAAUCAGAUAUUGAAUUAUUGCAAAAAUAUGGAGUAUAAUAUUAUUAUAUUUAUUAUAUUAGGUUCCUUUACCAAAAGAAUUUAAGAAACUCAUCUUUGAAAAACUUAAAUGGACUAGUUUUGAAUGGGGUAAUGAUAAUGUUAUUAUUGAUGGACAAAUUACAAUACCUGGUUUAAAGAAUUUUAAAUUUGUACCUAUUACAAAACAUUAACAUUUGUGA